GGCACCGGGCGGCCUCAAGAUGGCGGCGCUGGGUCUGCUGCUGCAGGCGGCGGCGGGCUGCGGCUCGGCCGGGCCGCUGCGCCUCUGCCGCCGCUACCGCGGGGCUCGGGGGCUUUGCAGCCGCCUGCCGGCGCCCGAGAGCUCCGAGGAGGCCCGGCAGCAGGAGGAGGAGGAGCCGCAGCCGGCGGCGGGCGGCGAGGGGGAGGACGCCGCCAUGGGGAUGGAUUCCAGAGACUUGUUGAAGGAAUUUCCACAGCCUAAAAACUUGCUCAACAGCGUGAUUGGACGAGCCCUGGGCAUUUCUCAUGCAAGGGACAAACUGGUAUACAUCCACACUAAUGGGCCAAGAAAAAAGAAAGUCACUCUGCAUAUAAAGUGGCCUAAGAACGUGGAAGUGGAAGGCUAUGGGACCAAGAAGAUUGAUGCUGAGAGGCAGGCAGCAGCAGCUGCAUGCCAGCUCUUCAAGGGCUGGGGUUUGCUGGGGCCCAGAAAUGAGCUGUUUGAUGCUGCGAAGUACCGGCUCCUCGCAGACCAGCUUGGCUGCCCCGAUGAGAGGUGGUGUUCGGAGGGCAAGUGGCGCUCCAAGUCCGGACCUUCUCUCGCCGACUUGUCGACCUGCUGGCGACGGAUGGAGCCGGACGAUUCCAUCCAGCCCAUGGAGCAGGGCCGCAUGCCUAAAGCAAUGCGGAGAGAAGAGCUGGAGGAAGGGGAGCUAGAGGAGGGGGAACUGGAGGAAGGAGAGCUGGAAGAAGAAGCGAUCGAUGUUUCUGAUUAUUUACCUAUGGCACAUCAGGAUGCUCGAACCUCAGGCAGAGAUGCAAGCCGAGGAGGGAGUUCCAUCGAAAUGACAGACGACAACACUGCCAUCCGUGCUCUGACGCAGUUCCCGCUUCCCAAAAAUCUCCUGGCCCAAGUGAUUCAGAUCGCCACCUCUUCCUCCACGGUCAAGGAAUACAUGCAGUUCCGUACAGUAGGUACCAAGACCAAGAUCUGCAAGCUCACGCUCCGCUGGCCCUGUCCGAUGACUUUUGCUGCCAAGGGCCGUCGCAAGGUGGAGGCAGAAAACAAAGCAGCGGCGUUGGCCUGUCAGAAGCUUAAGAGCCUGGGCUUAGUGGACAAGAACAACAACCCUCUCAGCCACGCCAUGUACAACAUGACCUCGCUCCGGGAACUUGGUGAGAACCAGAGGAAACCCUGCCACAUCAAAGUUCCUGAAGCCACCCUGCGCAAGAUUGAGAACUACCUGAAUCAUUACCCAGUGGACAUCAGGGAGUCCAGGCCCCGGAUUGCUGAUGACAUGAUGAACCUGAGCAAGGAAUCCGGCGCGAUAAGCGACGCGAUCACCGGGAAGACGUACAUCCCUAUGCUGGAAGCAGAGGAAGUGCGCCUUAGCCAGAACCUCCUGGCCCUCUGGAAAAGGAGAGGAUCCUCGUGGCAGGAGAGCCACCCGCUGCCGGUGGAUCCUCACAAGGACACCAUCCUCUCGGCCAUCGAGCAGAACCCCGUGGUCGUAAUAGCAGGAGACACGGGCUGCGGGAAGACCACGCGGAUCCCUCAGCUCCUGCUGGAACACUACAUCCUGGAGGGACGCGGCGCCCGCUGCAACGUCGUCAUCACCCAGCCCAGGAGGAUCAGCGCCAUCUCGGUCGCCCAGCGCGUGGCGCAGGAGCUGGGGCCCAACAUGAGGAAGAACGUGGGCUACCAGGUGCGACUGGAGAGCAAGCCCCCCGCCCGGGGAGGAGCCCUGCUCUUCUGCACCGUGGGCAUCCUGCUGCGCAAGCUGCAGGGCAACCCCAGCCUGGAGGGCGUCAGCCACGUCGUGGUCGAUGAGGUCCACGAGCGAGACGUCAACACGGAUUUCCUGCUCAUCCUGCUCAAGGGCAUCCAGAAGCUCAACCCCGACCUGCGCCUGGUCUUGAUGAGCGCCACGGGAGACAAUCAGCGUUUCUCGCAUUACUUUGGGGACUGCCCCGUGGUCAAGGUGCCGGGCUUCAUGUACCCGGUGAAGGAGUACUAUCUCGAAGAGAUCCUGGCCAAGCUCGGUAGGCACCGGCACCGGCACUAUGAGAUAAAGCAAUCAGAUGAUGAAUGCGUCCUCGACCUCGAUCUGAUCACCGACCUCGUACUCCAGAUUGACGCCCACGGAGAACCAGGCGGGAUCCUCUGCUUCCUCCCUGGCUGGCAGGAAAUCAAAGGAGUGCAGCAGCGCCUGCUGGAGAUGCUCGGGUCUCAGAACAGCCGGUACCUCGUCUUACCAGUGCACUCUAACAUCCCCAUGAUGGACCAGCAAAACAUCUUCCAGCGGCCUCCACCCGGCGUCAGGAAGAUCGUCCUGGCCACCAACAUCGCUGAGACCUCCAUCACCAUCAACGACAUUGUCCACGUGGUGGACAGCGGCACGCACAAGGAGGAGCGCUACGACCUAAAGACCAAGGUGUCUUGCCUGGAGACGGUGUGGGUGUCCAAGUCGAACGUCGUGCAGAGGCGAGGGCGUGCUGGCCGCUGCCAGUCAGGAUUUGCCUAUCACCUCUUCCCUCGCAGCCGCCUGGACAAGAUGCCGACUUACCAGGUUCCAGAGAUCCUACGCACCCCACUGGAGAACCUGGUGGUUCAGGCCAAGAUCCACAUGCCAGAAAAAACAGCGGUUGAAUUUCUGUCCAAGGCUCUGGACAGCCCUGACAUCAAAGCUGUGGAUGAAGCAGUGAUCUUGCUGCAGGAGAUCGGAGUGCUGGACCAGCGAGAAGCCCUCACCACGCUGGGCAAACGCCUCGCCCAGAUCUCCACGGAUCCCCGGCUGGCAAAGGCUAUCGUCCUGGCCUCCAUCUACCGCUGCCUCCACCCCCUGCUCGUCAUCGUUUCCUGCCUCACCCGGGACCCCUUCAGCAGCAGCCUGCAGAACCGUGCGGAGGUGGACAAGGCCAAGGCUGUUCUGAGCCGGGAGAGCGGGAGCGAUCACCUCGCCUUUGUCAGAGCUGUGGCGGGCUGGGAGGAGGUGCUGAGGCGUAGAGACAGCCGUGCCAGGGAUAACUACCUGCAGGACUACUACCUGUACGGCCCCAGCCUUCGCUUCAUCAACGGCCUUGUCAAGCAGUUCUCUGAGAACCUCUACGAAGCCUUCCUGGUGUCGUCCCCGUCUGACUGCACCAUGCCCUCGUCCGUAUGUAACCAGUACAGUGAAGAGGAGGAACUGGUCAAGGGAGUGCUCAUGGCUGGGCUCUACCCCAACCUCAUCCAGGUGAGACAAGGCAAAGUGACCCGCCAAGGGAAGUUCAAACCCAACAGCUACGCCUACCGGACAAAGGCUGGCACCGUCCUGCUCCACAAGUCAACGAUCAACAGGGAGGCAUCCAAGCUGUACAGCCGCUGGCUAACGUACUUCAUGGCGGUGAAGUCCAACGGCGGCGUGUUUGUGCGGGACUCCUCGCAGGUCCACCCGCUGGCUGUGCUGCUCAUGACUGACACAGACAUCCACGUCCGAGAUGAUGGCUGGCGAGCAACAGUCUCCCUGACAGACAGCGACCUCCUGGUGCUGGAGGGAGACUCCUACACCAUCCGCCUCCUGCGUGAUUUCCGCGUAUCGCUCUCCAAGAUGGUGGAGACGUGCCUGUGCUAUGAGAUGGCAGCCAUCCCCGGGGACCUGCACCACCAGCACAGCCAGCUGCUCGACAUCCUGGUGGAUCUGCUCAAAGGCCCUCCUGGCAGCUUUGGCGCUUAGGCAGAGCUGGAGGAUUGUGUGGGGACUUGUAAUUUGUAUAAAGAUGUUCACAAAUGUUUAUUUAAAUAAAGUUCUAUUUAUCCCUU